AUGACCGACACUGACGCUGAACACUUUGACUGUGAGAUCCACUCGGAGUCCGACCCCGAUGAUGCCAUGGCAAAGUUGAUCCCAAAAAUUGACGCAAUUUCACUCAACGAUACUCCCGAUUCUAUCAAAAUCUUUGGUGAACUUAUUGAGGGGGAAUGGAAAGUCAUAGAAGGUGACGAUGAAGACAAUGAAGACAAUGAAAAGCACGAAGGGAAUUUACACGAUCAAGGCGACAACAACAGCUAUUAUGAGCAAGAUGACCCUAAUUUUUGCUUAGCAAAUCCCUCAUUCAACCCCAACGACGAGCCCGAAGAGGUCCGUCUCGAUAGGUUCCGUAGAAGAGUUGGAGAUUUAGUACACCUUCUGCAUGAGAAUAUCUGUGAGACCGACUGGAAUGAGACAGGCGAAGAAAGAUCAUGGUGCAAUCAUGCGCUCAAGCACCCAAUUCAGAACACACCCCCAAGCAAGAUCAUGGAAAUAUUCGAAGCGGCAAUUCCGCUACCUACGAGAGCAAUUCUUGGGUCCUCAACCCUCACGUACGAGCAUGUAAUGGCUCUACCAAGCAUUGACCCCUCGGUGUCUCGUCCUGGGGUAUAUCUUAUCUUCUUUACACGACCCGAUGGUCAGCAGGUCCAGGUGCCUGGUGAAUAUUUGAUUUCCGUCGCCCCCGAGCAGCCGCUUAAGGUGCCGACUGGGUUGUACACAGGAUCCAGUAUUAAAAGUUUACAUAAACGUCGUGUCCAACACACUUAUCAGUUCAACCAGAUUGAGAAGAAAGAUAUAGGUGCAGAUAGAGUGAUGACCAAUGGCAGAAAGGUCAUGUACCUCUACUGGUACGCCAAAAGUCAUGGCCUUGUGCCGUCUUACAGGCAGAUUGCCAUUUUUCCGAGUGACAUACAGGGGAUCGAUGUUUCAGAUGCCGACACCAGGUGGCUUGUCCGUUUUCUCGAGCAAAUUGUGAUGAUGCUACUGGAUACGUAUGCACCUAGCGAAGACUCUCAUUCCGUGCAACGUUACGGCUAUACCGAGGAGAUGUACCACGGGGCGCUUUCGCACUGUGAGAUCCCCCGAAGCGUUUUUCAUCCAUUAAACCAUGCACUGCCAUUGAAGCAGGAUGCUGGGUGGGCUAUUGGGGCCCGUGUAUGCCUAAACUGCAGAAGCGAAGUCACCUCGGCCAGCGGAUGGUACUUCGCCCCGGCUGCUGUCGAAGUUGCUGUGUUCUACAAUUGCGGGGCUUGCUACUGGUACCGAUACCGAAAUGGAACUGAUCGGCCACCGGACAAAUUUGACGGUACUCGUGCGGCGCCUACCGCUGGACCAUGCUCGAACUGCCAAUCCACUGAGAGCUCCGAAUGGAGUUGGCACCCUAUAAACGAGGAUAAUGGGAAUGAACGCCAAUGGCAUCCCACUCUUAAUGAGUGGCUCUGUAGGGGGUGUGCUUAUUAUUGCAACAACCACGGAUCUUUUAGGUUUACAUCCAGCGACCUUGAAGGGAUCGACAUUCGGUGCGAAGAUUGCAACACUCUUUACUCAAAAAGGUGGGCAACGAUCAGCGAGAAAGCACUGCAAAGCAUCGAAGACAGCAGUAUCCAAUGCGAUGGUAUCAUCUGCUCAAAUUGCUACUCGAAGCGGAACACGAGCUCGCUGAGGGCUAGAAGCAGAGUCAAUGCGAAAGCUAAGGGAAAACCGAAGGGGAUAGUCAAGGGAAAACCUAAGAGGAAAUACAAGACCAUCCUAAAGGCGGGGUUGGUCUUUGAGGAUAAGUUUGAUAACACACGAAUGGACAAGGAACAGAUGAGGCAAGAGAAUAAAGGCGCAAACGUGAAGCAAUAUGAGAAGUUCUCCCAAACCAAACUUCUUGUUUCUUACAUGCUGCGCGUCUACAAGGACUACAGAGUUGAUGGGAUUAUUGCUGCCGAGGUGGCAGAAGACAAGGUUUUGAUGGAUGUCAACUAA